AUGAAGUGUUUAAUUUUUUGUUUCUCCAUUUUUUUACUCUUGACCCUCUCCCUCUGCUCAACACACAAGGAGCAGAAAUAUUGUAACAGCACACACAGAGGGAUUUUGAAAUAUCAUAAAAAAAAAGACAAUAAUGAAUAUGUCACCGUAUCAGCUAUAUUAAAAAAUAAUGCCUUAGAAUUAUUUAAGGGAUCUAAAUUCUUUGAAAAAUUUUCUUUAUAUGAUAUCAUAACUCCCAUUGUAAUUUUAUCAACAGACGUGGAAUGUUUGACAUUAAACUUUGUUAAUGAUGAUUCAGUUAUACUUUGUUGCGAUACGGAGGAAUCUAUAAAUAAUUGGUGGUUAUAUUUAACCAAACAAAUUCUUUGUCUCCAUAAGGGUGAACUAAGAAACGAAAACGACAACAAAACAUUGGAAGAGGAACAGAAUAACAUUAUAAACAAUAAUAAUUUGAAUGAAGUUUCGAUUAACAUAACUGAGGAUGACCUCGACAAUAUCCCAAACGUCCUUAUAAAGACUGAAUCAUAA